AUGUGCGUCAUAGCAUACCUCGCAAAUUUACGUAUAACUUGGGGUAAGGCGCCGUUUCGUGUGGGCUUCUUCCAAUUGUACCUUUGGUGGACUAUACUCUUAUCUUCAGCCACUUGCUCCGCAACCGAUGGAUUAUUUGGAUCAAAGUUCCCUAACGACAUACCUGAAUACGACCUACUUCGAGCGAUUGGCGUACCAUUCAGUAAUCCAAAAACUCAAUACUUCGACGAAGGCCUCGACGGAUUUCCUGCGUACGGGCUGAAACCGGGUUCCGAUAUUAAGUCCCCAUAUCGGCUUUUCAUGCCCGAAAAGUUGUAUGCCGAAUUUUCGAUAACUGCAACCGUUCGUCCAGCCAACAAAGAAGGCGGGUUCCUGUUUUCUGUAGUAAAUCCUUUAGAAACCGUUGUCCAACUAGGUGUGCAACUUAUACCGUCAGGUCCUGGACUUACAAACAUCUCGCUAUUAUAUACCGAUGCUAAUAUUUAUGCUUUAUCGCAAACAAUAGGAUCGUUUGUUGUGCCGUCAUUUGCAAAGAAAUGGAGUAGAUUUGCUUUGAGAGUUACAACAGAUAAUGUAACUUUGUUUUUGAACUGUCAUGAGUUUGAUACGGUGACAGUAAAGAGGAACCCGCUGGAGUUGGUUUUUGAUUCGGCAUCAACAUUAUAUGUGGGACAGGCUGGACCUCUUAUCCGGGGAGCUUUUCAUAACAACAGAUGCCGUACAACUCACUGA